AUGGCUUCUUCAAAUAUUUGUUGGUCUAUUAUUAUGAAAUUGGGUCUUAUAAUUCUUCUUCUAGCCAUAGCUAUUCCUUUAUAUUAUGGUUCCACCAAUCCUGGUUAUCUUUUAUCUCGUUUGAUUCAUUCUUUGAUAUUAAUUAAGCAUACUUUUGUUCCAGAUACCGAUCGACCCAUGUUAGGUGCAGAAUAUUGUGCUUUUGAAAGUAUGCUGCGAAGCUCACCUCAAGUCAACUAUGAUCUAAAAGAUGAUCCAUUGAAAAUAGCAAAGGAAAUGCGUGCAUCUUUUCCAAUUGAUACAGUCGUUCCUCGUCCUAUUGAAUGUCAAUUCAAAAAACAAAUAUACGAAUACGAUAGACGAACUGUUGAAGCCUACUGGGUGGAUUAUCGUACUGGAACAAAGAAGUGGAAUUCAGACCGGGUCAUACUUUAUUUUCAUGGUGGAAGUUAUAUAGUGGGUGAUUUUCAAAAUAAUGGAUUCGAAUGUCAAUUAUCUCGUAUUUUCAAUGCGAUAAUCAUUCACUUGGAAUAUCGUUGUGCACCAGAACAUCCUUUUCCAGCGGCUAUAGAUGAUGCACUUACUCUCUACCGUGCAGUUCUUCAGGAUGGUAUUUUGCCGUUUCGUCUAGUUAUUAUGGGCGAUUCAGCAGGUGGUGGUCUUACUUUACUCACAAUACAAGCACUUCUUGCUCGUCAAUUGCCAAAACCUCGUGCUGGCAUUAUUUUAUCUGCAUGGGCUGAUUUUUCAUUAUCCGGUGAAAGCUUCACACGUAAUCAUCUUCCAGAUGUAAUUCUUCAUGCCGAAGGAUUUCCUUGGACGGUUGAACAAAUCUUGGGUCUGAACCAUAGUCAAAUAAUGCGAGAUGAUCCUUCAUACAGUCCAUUAUUUGGAUCUUUCAAAGAUUUUCCUCCACUCUAUAUUACAGUAGGAACAGCGGAAAUAUUGGAGGACGAUUCAAGACGAGUGGCUGACAAAGCACAACAAGAAGGAAUCAAUGUAAAACUCGAUGUUGCAGAACAUUUAUUAGAUGUUCAUCCAUUGUUUUUUCCUUAUUUUCCUGAAGCACGAAGCACCCUAGACAAUAUUCGUCAAUGGCUCGAAAUCAAGUUUCAAUGA